GGUAGUAUUCCUUCUUGCUUAAAGGCCGAGUUUAUGUCACGUGACAACUGAUAACACACGGGGUGAGGUCAUCGUUUCGACAUUUUCGGGAGGAUUUACCAAUAUAUUCAUUGUUAACGCAGAACCCUACACUAGAGGACAUGAGCGAGAAAACAGGGAUGCCCGAGGGUAGUACCCCGCCCUCCGAACCCCCACCCAGCUACUCUACCACCUACCCUGGCCAGAGCAACCCUGGGUACUCUGCCCCACAGUACGGAGCACCACCACAGCAGUAUGGGAUGCAACAGCAGUAUGGGAUGCAGCAACCGCAGUAUGGGAUGCAGCCACAGCAGUAUGGGAUGCAGCAACAGUCGACCGUUGUGGUGGCCCAACCCGGCAUCGGCUAUGGUGCUGUUCAUACCAACGCCCCCGACAACAUGGGUCUGGCCAUCUUCGCCACCAUCUGCUGCUUCUGGCCACUGGGCAUAGUGGCCAUCAUGAGAGCGUCAGAGGCACGUAACGCCCUGACCCGAGGCGACGUUAACGGCUCCAUCCUGCUCUCUGCACAGUCACGACGCAUGUCUCUGUGGGCCAUCGCUUGUGGAUGCAUAUCAAUAGUACUUAUCAUCGUCAUCGUCGUUGCAUACGUCGUGACCUACAACAACAGUUAUUGUUACGAUUGCUACUAAAGGAAGAUAACUCCUCAAAUGAAGGGAGACAACUGGUCAUGCAAAACUUUCUGCGCCUUCACAAGGUCGUAUUUGUUUGAUAAAACAGACUUGAUUAAGUCAAACGGAUUAGUUUUAAUACGAAUGUUUAAAAUGCGUGGAAAUAUAAAUGGAACGUGCUUGUCCCAAAUCACAAUCCUCAUUUUAAACAUUCCUGAUACACCCUUAAGAGAAAAAAUGGUGAUUCUUAUAAAUUCAUCAGAAAUAUUGUUUUCGAACAGUAUUGUUGAAAUUUGAACAUUUGCACAACUGAUCUAUAUAUUGAAAUUACUGUCUAGAACCUGAAGAAUGUAAAUGAUGUUAUAAAAUUAACAAUAAUGGCAAUAUACAUAUAUAUGGUACCUAAAGGUGUUGAGAUGUUGAUAUUCACAUUAUUAUAAAACUGAAAAGUGUCUGUGAUAUUUGAAAUAAUACUGUUUUACGAACGUUUUAAGAAAGGAAGGAUAUCAAAUAUGUGACUAUUGCAAAAUAAAAAUGUUGAUUGUA